CAGCCCGUGCCUAUCCUCUGAGUCCCCCUAUUCAAAAAGAUGGUUUGGACCACAUUUUAACCCCCCCUCCUCUUUCUCCUCCGUUGGUAUCUUCCCAGCAGAGGCAGGGCAGGCGGGGCAAGAAUGUUGACAGUGUCGCCUAGCAACAGAGGAGAGGAUGGAGCCCAGCAGCAGAGAUGAAGAACCAGACCAUGGAGAGAUUGCAGAAGAUGAGAAGAAAGAGCUGCUUACAGAAGAUGAAGGGCUGAAAGAUACCAGUCCAAAUCAAGGUGAUGAAGUGGCCACAGCUCCACCUGCUGAGCCAGAAGACAGUAUUGCCAAGGAGGAGGAUGCAGGAAAUGCGCCCACAGAAGAAAGAGAAGGAAGUACUCCCAUGGAAGCUAGAGAGGAUGGGACAGGGCUUGUUCCAUCAGCAACCACAGAGGAAGAGGCAGCAGAAGCUCCUGCAGCACCCAUGGAAGAAGAAGCAGUACUUCCUGCAGCGCCCAUGGAAGAAGAAGUGGUUGCCCCUGCAGCGCCCAUGGAAGAAGCAGUUGCUCUUGCGGCACCCAUGGAAGAAGAAGCAGUUGCUCCUGCAGCACCCACGGAAGAAGCAGUUGCUCCUGCAGCACCCAUGGAAGAAGCAGUUGCUCCUGCAGCACCUGUGGCAGAAGAAGCAGUUGCUCCUGCUGCGCCCAUGGAGGAAGGGGCAGGGGUUGAUCUUGUGACAGCCACAGAGGAAGGAGCAGCAAUUGUUCCUGAAAUGGCCUUGGAAGAAGGGGCAGGGGUUACUCCUGCAGCAGCCAUGGAAGAAGUGAUAGAAGUUGCUGCAGCAGCGGCCAUGGAGGAAAGGGUAGCAGUUGCUCCUGCAGCUGCCAUGGGGGAGAGAUUACUGGGAAAGACACUCAGCCUGCCAGGACGAGACAUUUAUGACUACAGAGGGUCCUCCUUUCAGCAGGAUCAGCUUUCUGAAAUAUUUGCAAACAUUGACAACAUACCUUCAGCACUGUACAGUGAGACACUGCUCUCUCCUGUAUCUUCAGCAGCCAGCAGCUUGAGAUCUGAAAUUCCUGAACUGGAGGAGCAACAUGUAGCAUCAGGUGCUGCUGGAUCAGUUGCCUUUUCUCCCUAUACUGAAUCUUCUCUUCAGCCUUUCUCUCUUCAGUUUGGUUCUCUUGGCCGCAUGGAAGAUCAUGGUGAUGAAGACACACUGCGUUUUACUGAGGGUAAUGAGGCAGAGGAGGAAACCCAGCUGGUUGUCCUGGACCCAGAACAUCCCUUGAUGAAAAGAUUCCAAAGUGCUCUAAAGGGCUACCUCCAUAAACAGAUAGGAAAACUGACUGAUGAACUUCGUGAACUGACAGUAGCCACAAACCAUGGGAAGGUACAGAGAGAGGAACUUGGAGUGAUCCUAUAUGGGGUCCAGCAGCAGUUGGUCAGGCUGCAGAUGGAACUGGAGAAGAACCACAACAGCCAUUCUCAGAUUGCCAUGGCACGCCGGCAACUGGAGGAAGAGUUGAAUGAUCUCAGGAAAACAUACAAGAAGACAUAUGAAAGCACUGGGGAUGAACGUAAAGCAGUUUCAUCCAGACAGAUGGAGAUAGAAAAACUGUCCUUGCGCCUGUUUUACAUGAAAAACAUGGACCAAGAUGUCCGUGAUGAUAUUGCUGUGAUGAAAAGAACAGUGAAGAAGGCUGAAAUGGAGAGAAUGCGUGCAGAAGUGGAAAAGCAGAAACAGGAUCUUCAUGUAGACCAGUUAACAAAGAGGGUCAAUGACCUGCAGGAGCAGAUUGCACUCUAUGAAGCACAACAUAUGGCGCAGGCUGAAGACACCAAAAUCACACGGAAAGAAGUGGCAGAGGCAAUUACAGAGAUACAAGCUAUUCACCUAGAGAAAAAACGCCUCUUGCAUGAUUGGGCUAACAGUUUGACUGGAAUGAAGCGCCGAGAUGAGGCCUAUGCUGCUAUGCAAGAAGCAUUACGAGAAUCCAGACACAAGCUCAAGUCAUUAGAGGUUGAGAUUGAAGUCUAUAAGAAGUCCAUCAUCAAAGAGGAGGAGAGAAAUGAGCUUUUGGCUUCUAUCUUAAACCGCUCAGAGAAUGAUGGUAACACAAGCAGGAAGCUGAUAUCUCAGAGCCUGGCUAAACAGGAUGCCAUGAAAGUGGAGUUUGGUACUUACACCCGUACCCUUCAUGAGACAGAGCAAGCCCUGAAUCGGGCCAAUAUGGACCAAGCUUCUCGCAUGAAUGAGUUGGCGAUUCUUCGUAGAGAUACUGAGAAAGGAUCACAAACCAAGCAGGAACUAGAGAGUGAGAUCAUGGUCAAGCUGCAGGAUCGGUUGAUGUCUAACAAAGCAGCAAAAUACUAUUUACAACUGGGUGUUAAGCUUCAAAACCAACUGAUGAAUUUGGAGAUACAGCUUACCAAAAUUGAAAAUGAGACAGCCCAAACUAUGCUGAAUAUCACAAAUACCAACUGCAAGCUGAAUAUGCUGGAGAAGAACCUAUCAGAUGUGGACAAGGAAAUGGAUAAUCUCAACAAACAAAUCAGUCAUAGUGAGGCUGAGAUUUCUAAGCGUAACCUCCUGAUUAGGCGCAAACAAGGAAUGAUCAAUAUGUACAAUAAGAAAUUAGAAAUGAUGAUUUCUCAACUUGGGGGACAAGAGCUGGGGCCCUUGGAAAUUGAAAUCAAGAAACUUACCAAACAUAUAGAUGAAACUGAAUUGGAGGUGGUGAAGCUACAGAGGCACUGGCUGAAACAGCAGAAAGAGUUAGUGAAACUCAGCCAGGAGCGAGAUGAGCAGCUGGCUUCUUUGGAUAUGGUAAAAAAAGAGAUCACAAUCAAGGAGCAAAAGAAAGUCCGCAUAGAGAAUGAAAUCCAGCAGGAGAAAAAUGAACUGAAGGACAUUGAACAUCACAUGAAGAACAUGGCUAAUGAUUUGGUCAAGCUACAUUUAUUGAUCAACAAGAACAGAGAGAAUUCUGAAGACCUGCAGCAGGGAAACACUAUAAUGGAAAAUGAAUUUGUGCGCUCUCUCAAGGCAUCAGAGAAAGAAUCAAUUCAGAUGCAAGAAAAGCUGAACCAAAUACAUGAAGAAAAAGAGAGACUUCUCAACAGUCUAGUGGAGGCAGAGUGUCAGAUGAUGCAGUGGGAGAAGAAGAUACAGUUGGCCAAAGAGAUGCGUGCUGCAGUGGACUCAGAGACUGGGCAGGGUGAGAUCCGAGCCAUGAAGUCAGAGAUUCAUAGGAUGCAGGUAAGGUACCAACAACUGAUGAAACAGCAGGAGAAACUAAUGCGAGAUACAGAAGCCGCUGUUGCCCGCAGAGAGACUAUUGUGAUUCGUGCUGAAGGCCAGAGGAAACUGAAUAAGCAACUACUUACCAAGGGUGAUUUCCACUAUAAGAAGCUAGAGCUAAAGAAAAAGAUCAAGGAGACUCAGAAGAAUGCUGAGGAAUGCAACGGAAUUAUAGCCCAGCUUGAGAAUUCACAGCGGAAUGUCACUAAUGCUCUCCUGGAGAAGCAGAAAGAACUUUCUCUCUUGAAUAGUGAAGUAGAUGACCUUGAAAUACAAGCUGAUCUUCUGCAGGCAAAGAAACGGCAGAACCUUUCAGAUAUUGUGUCCAGUCAAGUCCGUAUGAAGUACUUGCAGGCUGUGAAGGAAGGGAAAUACAAUCCAUUAUGUCGUUCUGAGAUAAUGAUACGUGUUGAACGACAGAAGCUGGAGGAGCGACUGCAUGCCAUUAGUGUUAUUCUCCAUCAAGUUGAGCAGGACUAUCCUCAUUACCAAAGGACACUACAGAAGCUCGACCGCAUCCUAAAAAAUAAGUUGGAUGAACAAGAAACAAUGUAACGAAGGAAAGGCAACUGAGAAUGAAUAAUUUCCUUAUUUGACUUUUCAUAAAUAAAUACAUAUUUAAGAAUGAUUGCAA